AAGUUUGUAUGGAUUGCACCAUACCCACACGGCCCGCCGACGAGGUCCGGCGGCGCUCUGGACUAUAAAACUCUCAUCAUGGCGGCCGUCGAGCACCCUGCUCGCUAUCCGAAGGCGUCUCCCAGUGCCCAGCGACGACCAUGGCCGACGAAAAGCGCGUUCAAGCAGGCCAGUCGUCGCGUACCAGCGGAGAGACUCUCGCCGUAGGGGACGCUGCCUCUGUUCCGAAGGCGGAAGACUCAUUCACUCCCAUCACGAAGGACCUCGGUUUCAUUCCAAUUCCCAGAAGAUUGCGUUACGACCCAGAACGACCGGUCCAUUUUGGCCUCCUGCUGAAUGCGACGUUUGGAAUAGCAAGCACAUUCAUCGUCGCAAACUUGUAUUAUUGCCAACCGCUUUUGAUCGAAUACUCAAAGUCGUUCGGUGUCACGUAUGACGAAGUCUCAAACAUUCCAACGUUGAUACAGGCAGGAUAUGCAACCGGCAUCGUAUUCAUCUCCACCUUGGGCGACCUCGUCCGCCGCCGAGGGCUUCUCCUACUCUUGGUGUUCAUUUCCGCCUCCCUCACCAUCGGCCUCGCCGUCACGAACAGCCUGGCCGCCUUCGAAGCGAUCUGCUUCAUCAUCGGCAUGGUUAGCGUCGUCCCGCAGAUCCUCAUGCCGCUCGCCGCAGACCUCGCCCCUCCAGAACGCCGCGCCUCCGCGCUCUCCAUCGUCCUCGCCGGCCUCCUUCUCGGAGUGCUCAUCGCGCGAGUCCUUGCUGGCAUCAUCGCGCAGUUCGCGUCGUGGCGGGUGGUGUAUUACAUGGCCAUCGGUGUGCAGUACGCCGUGUGGGGCUUGCUCUACUUGAUGUUGCCUGACUACCCGGCGAAGAACGCGGGUGCGACGUACUUCGGUAUCCUGUACAGCAUGGCGAAGUUCAGCGUCACGGAGCCGCAGCUCAUCCAGGCGGCGCUCAUCAACUUGGCCUCGAGCGCGUGCUUCUCGAACUUUUGGGUAACACUCACCUUCCUGCUCGGUGGCCCGCCAUACUACUACUCAACGCUGGUCAUUGGCCUCUUCGGCCUCGUCGGCAUGUUCGGCGUAGCGAUGGCCCCCUUGGUUGGGCGCGUCAUCGACGGGCUGGUCCCCUGGUUCGCAGGCGUGGUCGCGAUCCUCUGGCUGCUCGUCUUCCAGUCAAUCGGCGUGGGCGCCGACGGGAUCAACAUCGCCGCGGUCGUGUUCGUCUGCAUCGGGCUCGACGUCUUCCGGCAGAUGGUCCAGGUCUCGCUGACGAGCUCCGUCUUCGGGCUCGACGCCUCCGCGCGCUCGCGCCUGAACGCGGUUCUUCUUCUCUCGCUGUUCAUGGGCCAGGUGAUGGGUACGUCUGUCGGCACACAGGUGUUCGUGAAGUACGGGUGGCGUCCCGCAGCGGCGCUCUCCCUUGCGUGGACGGGCUUCAUGCUGUUCAUGAUGCUCCUCCGCGGCCCGCACGUCAAGAGGUACACGUGGUUCGGAUACGAGGGCGGGAUCGAGGCGCGGAAGAGCAAGCUGGCGGAGCGGGAGAGGCAGCGUGAAGCAGACGCGGAGGCGGCUGUGGCAGCUAAUGAGCUUGGGAGCGCAGACGUCGAGGAGACGUCGGAUAGCAAGGAAACGAGAGGGGCGACAGCGAAGAGCGAGAAGCAGGCGAUCGUAGACGAGGAGAGGGGUGCGGCGCCCGUAGACUCGUUGCCUAGAGCAGGCGCGUAGUCUGCGAGACAUUCAAUCCACCAUAGAUUGCUUAGACCCCCACGGGACGGAAACUACUGUAUCCAUAUGACAUAGACUAAUGACGAGUUGAACACGGACAAAUCAAUGGACAUGCUGCCGCAAUAUUAAUGUCUCCAACCUGCAGGCCCUUUAAGUUAUUGAAUGAUUCGCACAUGUUUAACCCAUCGAACGCGUUCCUCGAUGAUAUAAGCU